AUGCCAUUACCUGAUGAGAAGUUCCUCAAGUGGCAGAGAUGGCAGGAAUCUCUGCAGGAGCUGAAUCAGCUGAACAUCCCUUGCACUUAUGCUUCCUUCCCAGUAACAACAGCAGAGUGCACAGAAUUAUGUGUCUUCUCAGAUGCUUCAGUGAAGGCGAUUGCAGCAGUAGCUUACCUUAGGGUAGAGGAUGAGAAUGGCCACACAGAAGUAAGCUUUGUGUUAGGUAAGGCCAAGCUUGCCCCUCUAGCGGAGCUCACCAUCCCCAGACUUGAGCUUUGCGCAGCAGUGUUAGCUACAGAGAUUGCAGACCAGGUCAAAGAAGAACUAGGCCAAGCAUUGGGCAAGAUCACAUUCUUUACUGACAAAAGGAGUAACAGCUUCAGAGAUCACAGCCGCAGAGCACGUCAUCAUCAAAACUGUGCUUGCUUGCUGUUGUCCAUCGCAUACGAUGAUGACGCCCACUUCUGUCCUUAUUUUCGAUCUUCUGCCAUGGAGGAGCUGGCCAUACAGCAUUUGUUGAGGGAUUCUGGUACUGGGCAUCCUGAUAACAUGCCCCUCCCACCGCAGUUGGUUUCUUCCUAUAGAAGCCUCUAUGCUUUGGCAACGUGUCCUCUCAAGGAUUUCCGUUUGAGGUACCCGAUCACGCCAGGUUAUGCCUAA